CGCUCUGUUAAAACACCAGCAAAGUCCCGUCCGUCCUCUAGCCUCGACAUUAAUUGUCAUUUUGUGUGCAGAUGAAGGUAAUACGCUGACACAGAGGCACAAUGGCAGAUGAAGACAUGGACAUAGCCACUGACUGUGACAAAGAAGUGUCUAAUCACAUGGACACCGAUGACAAGGGCCGCAAUCACGGCAACGACAGAACUACUGAACACGAGCUGGCGGAGAAUGCAGUCAGACACAUUGGACCCGGUGACAAACUAGGGAGCAAAGACAGUGGGGAAAUGGGAGAGAACUGUACUGAGAACAGUACAAUUCUUCCAGAGGUGAGUGACAGACACACAGAGGGAGGGGGCACGACAGACGGAGCGUCCCUUGAUAAGAACUCGACUAAAUUGGACAAAAUGGCUACUGGAGAAUCUGGCAAAAAGCCAGAGGGAAAGGCAACAGAGGAUGCAACAGCUGUAGAUGGGCAACAGUCUAACACAGACGCUGCCACAGCUGGAGAAAACCCUGGUAAAUCAACAGAGGGUGGAGAGACAGAAGGAGGAAUGGCCACCGAUGAUGCUAAAAAUGCAUCGAAGAAGAACUUGUGCAAGUCCCUCAAACUGUUGGACAGUCUCAGAGCGGAGUCGUUCUUGAAGGAUCGGAAGUCGCGACCUUCCAGACGGUCGUACCGUCUGCGGAACAAGGAAUCGGGGGAAGGCGACCGGUCCGACAGCAGCGACGAGGACGAGAGACGAGGCACGGACUCCAGCACGCGCAGCCAGCGAUCGCGCAGCGACAGCAGCGAGACGGAGUCGGACAUGGAGCGAGAGGGCAACGAGGAGAGGGGAAGCGAUGCCGCCGAUGCUGAGAACAAGACCAGUGGCGCUGAGCUCUGCAGCGACCUGGAGGACGAGCUCCUGGCCAAGCAGCUGCCCAACCCCAGCUGGCGCGCCAUACCCAUGCUGCGCGCCCGCCAGAUUGGCGCGCCCAAGGAACAACUCAGCUUCUGCUACAAGGCCAUCGGCAGCGCGCACAUGGUGUCACGCUUUGAGAAGUACUGCGAACUGAAGCACCACGAGGGAUGCGUGAACACGCUCCACUUCAACCAAUCGGGAAAGCUCCUUGCGUCGGGGAGUGAUGACCUCAGCAUUGUGCUCUGGGAUUGGGCAAGACAGAAGACCGUGCUUGUUUACCCAAGUGGGCACAGAAGCAACGUUUUUCAGGCUAAGUUCAUGCCCUUCAGUGGGGACACGACUCUGGUCAGCUGUGCCCGGGAUGGUCAAGUCCGUGUGGGGGAGCUGUCCAGCACCGGCAUCUGCAAAGGAACCAAGAAACUGGUCCAACACAAGGGAGCCGCCCAUAAGCUUGGUCUGGAGCCGGACUCUCCCGUUGUGUUUCUCUCAUGUGGCGAGGAUGCAGCCGUGUACAACAUUGACCUGCGGGGCUCCAAAGCUACCAAACUGGUAACCGUGAAGGAGGAGGUGCGGAAAGUCCCCCUUUACACCAUCUUCCUCAACCCCAUGAACACCGACGAGUUCUGUGUGGGCGGCCGGGACCACUUCGUGCGCAUCUACGACCGCAGAAAGGUGACUGACGAGAGGGAGGGUCUGGUGAAGAAAUUCUGCCCCCAUCACCUGAUGGGCAGCGAGACGCGUGCCAACGUCACUUGCUGUGUGUACUCCUACAACGGCAGAGAAAUCUUGGCCAGCUACAAUGAUGAGGAUAUUUACCUGUUUGACAGCACCCACAGCGACGGUGCAGAGUCGGUUCACUGCUACAAGGGUCAUCGCAACAACCAGACAGUGAAAGGGGUCAACUUCUACGGGCCUCAGAGCCAGUUUGUGGUGAGCGGCAGCGACUGCGGCAACAUCUUUCUGUGGGAGAAGAACACAGAGAAGAUCGUCCAGUACAUGAAGGGCGAUGUACAGGGCGUGGUCAACUGUCUAGAAUCGCACCCGUCCAGUGCGGUGCUGGCCACCAGCGGGCUAGACCAUGACGUCAAGAUUUGGAUGCCCACUUCUGCCGAGCCCACACAGCUGGAAGGAUUGAAGCAGACUAUGUACAGCAACCGCCGUGAGAGAGAAGAGGAGAGAAGCAGGGAACCAGACAUGAUUGAUGGACACAUGCUGAUGUUCCUUAUGCACCACCUGAGACGUAGAGCUCGUAGACAGGCCAGAGAGGCAGGGGAAAUGGACAGCGACUCAUCCAGCUCUGACUCAGAUAGUAGUGAGGAUGACGAAGAGGGACUUCCUCACGAGCGCUCGCAGUGUGCUCCGUCGUAGACAGGUCACAGGGAGACAAGGUACUGUUACCAGCUGCAGUUGAAUACUGAGUCACGAGUACCAAUAGUUUACUCACUUUGUGAGUUUUAGUACCAGUAACUUUAACUAGCUGUAAUUGAGUACCUUUUUUAGUGUACCAGGUCGCGAGUAUUGGUGGUUUACUCAUUCUGUGAGCUUGAGUACCAGUAAGUCUAACCAGCUGUAACUGAGUGCUUUUGGUGAGUACGAGCAUCAUGCUGUGAGUUUAAUGCUCGUGAUGAAUUUGAGUACCAGUAAAUUUACCGAAGUGCUCAUAUUGUGAAUAGGACUAUUUUUCAAGAGCACGAAUGGAAGAAAUUGUUUCUGUGAUUGUGAGAGUAUAUUUGAUUAAGUACCAGUACGAGUAUUAAGAGGCUCUCAAAUGGGAUUGUAAGUACUUCAGUUCUGGGUACUAGCAGGUGUAAAUUUGAGAGAUGUAAUAGGCUUACAGGCAGGCACAAGUCCACCAGUGAGAUCACAUGUAUCAGAAUGAACAAUGACAGAGUGAUUUCUUUGUCACAGUUCCUUUUAAGUAAGAUGCGACUUGAGGUUCGGUGCAAGUACCUAAUGGUUGAUAUUUGAGGGUUCGGUUUUUACAACUCGGCAAAAUUUAUAAAGCAACAGUUUGAAUAGUGUUUCAUGACUUUCAAGGCCUUCGUUGGAUUUAACAUUGUU